CAGGUCCCGGCAGCUGGGGUCUCCCCUUAGCCCGUGAGCCACCAUGUCCCACCCCAGUGCCCCCCCUCCGUAUGAGGACCGCAACCCCCUGUACCCUGACCCUCUGCCCCCGGGGGCCUACGGGCAGCCAUCUGUCCUGCCUGGUGGGUACCCUGCCUACCCACAGCCUGGCUACGGUCACCCUGCUGGCUACCCACAGCCUAUGCCCCCUAUCCACCCGACGCCCAUGAACUAUGGCCCAGGCCAGGGUUAUGAUGGGGAGGAGAGAGCUGUGAGUGACAACUUCGAAUCUGGAGAGUGGAGUGACAGGAAAGUCCGACACGCCUUCAUCCAAAAGGUUUACACCAUCAUCUCCAUCCAGCUGCUCAUCACGGUGGCCAUCAUCGCUAUCUUCACCUUUGUGAAGCCCGUCAGCGAGUUCGUGAGGGCAAACCUGGCCGUCUACUACGCAUCCUAUGCUGUGUUCCUGGUCACGUACCUGAUCCUUGCCUGCUGCGAGGGACCCAGACGCCGUUUCCCAUGGAACCUUAUCCUGCUGACCCUCUUUACUCUUGCCAUGGGCUACAUGACCGGCACCAUUUCCAGUGUGUAUGACACCAAAGCCGUCAUCAUUGCAAUGAUCAUCACUGCUGUGGUGUCCAUUUCAGUCACCAUCUUCUGCUUCCAGACCAAGGUGGACUUCACCUCGUGCACAGGCCUCUUCUGUGUCCUGGGGAUUGUGAUGAUGGUGACCGGCAUUGUCACUGCCAUCGUGCUGUCCUUCAAAUAUGUUUACUGGCUGCACAUGGUCUAUGCUGCUUUGGGGGCCAUUUGCUUCACUUUGUUCCUGGCUUACGACACGCAGCUGGUCCUGGGGAACCGGAGGUACACCAUCAGCCCAGAGGACUACAUCACCGGCGCCCUGCAGAUCUACACAGACAUUGUCUACAUCUUCACCUUUGUGCUGCAGCUCCUGGGGAAUCGCGAUUAA